UUUAAACAAAAAAAAGGGUUUGUUUACAUUGAAGAGAAACAACAACAACUAACUGCUCUUUGAAACUGUCAGCCACCAAAAUACCAAAAAACACACGACAAUGUUCUUCACAUCUUUUUACCUUCAUUUUCAGAGCUUCCUUCUUCUUCUUCCAUAUUCCGCCGGAUUUGAUCUCUCUCUCUUCCACUCUCUCCGCCAUGCCUUUGCUGCUUCUGCUUCAGCUAUGGCAGCUUCAUCUCUUCCUCUUCUUCCUCUCUGUUUCUUCUGUUUGUUAUUGCCAACUCACUCCCCCUCAAAAUAUCCAAACUUUCUACCCUUCCCCAUUUAUUCCUCAACCACCGUCGCCAUUGUCCUCUCUUGUGCAACCGACGCCAUCGUCCUCACUUAAGCAUUGGCUGCCGUCGUCCACGUUAACGAGGACCAUAACGACGGCUGUGGCUGUCACUGCAGUGAGUACGGCUCUGAUUUCCACGUUGUUCUUCUUCUUGAUCCAGAGAUAUCUGAUCAGAAGAAAACGAAAUGUAGAGGUGGCAAAUUCGGGUCCGGUUCCUGGACCGAUCUUGCAGCCGGCGGUUGCUCAGAGUGAAUCUUCGUGUCCUGAUGGGAAUCUUAAAGGGUAUAUUGUGGAUGAAAAUGGAUUGGAUGUGAUUUAUUGGAAGAGACUUGAAAGAAGGAAUUCCAGUAAUAGCUUUGAUUGGAGUGAUAGACAAGAAAAUGUUAUGAAAAAUCGAAGCAAAAAGACGAAGCCUGUUCAAGAAGUUCCUCUGCUUCGAGGAAACGCUUCGCCGGAGGAUGAAGAACCCAGUUGGAUUACAUCUCCUUCGCCGCCUCAGAUUAACCACCCUCCGCCGUUUACUGGGAAUUCUGUUCAGGCAGUUGGAAAACCAUCAAGUAGUUCAAUUCAUUCAUCAAUAGAGCAUUCACAAUCUCUCAGGGCCGUUCCUUACGACAAAAGCUCUGUUCCAACAUCGCCGCCGCCAGUUCCAGCCAAGACCAAUACAAGACCACCACCGCCACCACCUCCCAUCCCAGUCAAGACCAAUUCAAGACUGCCCCCACUGCCUCCUAUUCAAGUCCAGACCAAUGCAGCACCACCACCUCCGCAGCCGCCCAAUGCCGGCGCUUCAAAAGGGGGUAAUUCCUCUGGCGAGGCUUCAUCAGUCGAGAAUGGUCAGGUUAAAUUCAUACCCCUGCAUUGGGAUAAAGUGAACACCGCAAAUACCGAUCAUUCUAUGGUUUGGGAUAAAAUGAACGGCGGUUCUUUCAAAUUUGAUGGGGAUCUUAUGGAAGCUCUGUUUGGAUAUGUCGCAACCGACCGGAAAUCCCCCCGGAACGAUGCUAGUUCUUCAGCAAACGCCUUUGGCCGGAACUCAGGGCCGUCGCAAACUUUCAUUCUUGAACAGAAGAAAUCUCAGAACAUAGCCAUUAUAAUCAAGUCCUUGACCAUUCCUCGCAACGAAAUCCUCGAUGCGCUCAACGAAGGUCAAGGCCUCGAAACAGAUAAUCUUGAAAAACUCACAAGAAUUGCUCUGACCCAAAAAGAAAUUUCCCAAAUUCUUGAGUAUGAAGAAGACCCCCAGAAGCUUGCUGAUGCUGAAUCUUUCCUUUACCAUCUUCUCACAUCGGUUCCAACAGCCUUUACGCGUUUCAACGCCAUGCUUUUCCGAUUGAAUUUCAGCUCCGAGAUUAUCCAUCUCAAGAAAUCUCUACGAACUCUGGAAUCUGCCUGCAAGGAGCUUAGAUCUCGAGGGUUGUUUUUAAAAUUGCUUGAAGCAAUUCUCAAAGCUGGGAAUCGGCUGAAUGCAGGAACUGCAAGAGGAAAUGCCAGAGCUUUCAACCUUACAGCUCUCCGCAAGCUCUCUGAUGUUCAAAGCACUGAUGGGAAAACCACUUUGCUUCACUUUGUGGUGAAAGAAGUCAUCAGAACAGAAGGGAAAAAGUGUGUUUUAAACAGGAACAAGAGCAUGAGCCGUAACAACAGCAGCAAUAGCAGUGAGAGCAGCUUUAGCAGCCGCGAAAAAUCGACUUCGAAAGAGGACGCAGUAAAGGAAUAUAUGAUGUUGGGACUGCCAGUGGUGGGAGGUCUAAGCGCUGAGCUCUCUAAUGUAAGGAAAGCGGCGGCAAUCGACUACGAGAGUGUUGCCAAGGCUGCGUCAUCUCUGACUAGCCCAACUCUAGAAAUCCGGCAGCUUUUGAUUCAAAUUGGGAACAAUGGAGGUGGGUUUACAAAGGAAAUGAGAGGGUUUCUUGAGGCAGCAGAGGAUGAGCUGAAGGUGGCGAGAGAAGAACAGACGAGAGUGAUGGAGCUAGUGAUGAAGACAACAGAGUAUUAUCAGGCUCAAAGUUCAAAAGAUAAUGAAGCAAAUAGGCUUCAAUUAUUCAUCAUAGUGAAAGAUUUCCUAGAAAUGGUAGAUCGGGUAUGUAUUGAAAUUGCCCGAGAACUCCAGCAGAGAUCGUCUGCCGUCGAUGUGGGUUCGUCACAGGUGAGAUCAAAGACUGUCUUCCCUAGCUUGCCGGAAAAUUUUAUGUCGGACAAGUCCAAAGGCAGUUCUAGUGAUUCAGAUGAGGAAUUCUGAGCACAUAUUUUCCAUAAA